AUGUUCAUGAUAUUUGGAACUAAUAUAACGAAGGUCUGUAGAUCAACGAAUGUGGUGAGAAUAGGUUUAUUUGGAAAUAGAACUUAUUCCUUACUCACUGCGAAAAAUAAUUCGGAAGUCUUAAUAAAAAGAACCAAUUUGGUCAGGAUAAAACGAAAAAAUAUACUACGCUUGUACGCAACAGAAGUCGAUCCAACAAAGCAACCUAAGGGUAACGAUAAAAGCGAUAAAGAUGUAGAAGAUAAAAAAGAUCAUAAUCAGUCAACUAAUAAAGAACAAAAAGACCAAAGUGAGGUUAAAAUUCCAAAAGGAUUUUCGAAUUUUUCAAAUAAUAAAAAUGUUAAAAUAAAAGGGGAAACUCCAAAACUCGAAAGUCCUCCUCGUUCCCAAAAGGAUCGAAAAUCAUCAGAAAAACAACCACAACAAAUGCCAAAUAUUCGAGAAUUUAAUUUACAACUUAAUGCCAAUACUAUACUUCCUCUCCUGUUUUCAUUAUAUGUUCUUUAUAAACUAACAGGAGGUAGUGACAAUUCUCGUGAAAUUACAUGGCAAGAGUUCCGGACAGCAUUUUUGGAUAAAGGUUUAGUAGAUAAAUUGGUUGUAGUGAAUAGAAAAAAAGUUCGAGUUUAUUUACAUUCAAAUGCUACUGGACAAAUGUAUCCAAAUACUUCAUCUUUACCAAAUACAAGUUAUUAUUUCAGUAUCGGAUCAGUAGAAGCAUUUGAAAGAAAGUUGGAUGCAGCUCAAAAAGAAUUAGGAAUUCCAUCAUCUGAGCGAAUCCCAGUGGCAUAUCAUGAUGAAGUUAAUAUAUGGAAUACAUUAUUACAUUUUGCACCAACUCUCCUUUUGACUGGUGUAUUAUUUUAUAUGACAAGACGUGCAAGUGGUGCUUCGGGUUCACAGGGAAUUUUUGGUAUUGGAAAGUCUAAAGCAAAAUUAUUUAAUCAGGAAACUGAAGUAAGAGUAAAGUUUAAAGAUGUUGCAGGUAUGGAUGAAGCUAAAGAAGAAAUAAUGGAAUUUGUUAAAUUUUUAAAGGAUCCAUCUGCUUAUGAAAAAUUGGGAGCUAAAAUUCCAAAGGGUGCUAUCUUAAGUGGUCCCCCUGGUACAGGUAAAACUUUACUUGCUAAGGCAACAGCGGGUGAAGCAGGUGUACCUUUCUUGAGUGUUUCUGGGUCAGAAUUUGUAGAAAUGUUUGUUGGUGUUGGUCCAUCUCGAGUUCGUGAUUUAUUUGCCAAUGCUAAAAAACAUGCACCAUGCAUUAUUUUUGUUGAUGAAAUUGAUGCAAUUGGAAAAUCACGUGGAAAAACGGGACAAUUUGGAGGGAAUGAUGAACGUGAAAGUACUUUAAAUCAAUUACUUGUGGAAAUGGAUGGAUUUGGUUCAAGCGAACACGUUGUAGUUUUAGCUGGUACAAAUCGACCAGAUGUAUUAGAUCCUGCAUUGAUGCGUCCGGGUCGAUUUGAUCGUCAUAUCGCUAUUGAUCGGCCUGAUGUAAAAGGUAGAGAAGCAAUUUUUAAAGUACAUUUAAAACCUAUAAAGACCAAAGAAGAUAUUGAUCGUUUAUCAAAAAAACUAGCCAGUUUUACACCAGGAUUUUCUGGAGCCGAUAUAGCCAAUGUAUGUAAUGAGGCAGCAUUAAUAGCUGCACGUUAUCAUAAAGAUUCAGUAUCAGAGGAACAUUUUGAGCAAGCUAUUGAACGUGUAAUUGCAGGAAUAGAAAAGAAAUCACGUGUAUUAUCUCCUGAAGAGAAAAAAACAGUAGCAUAUCACGAAGCAGGACAUGCAGUCGCUGGAUGGUUUCUUGAACAUGCUGAUCCAUUAUUAAAAGUAUCAAUUAUUCCUCGAGGUAUUGGAGCACUUGGAUAUGCACAAUAUUUGCCAAAAGAUCAAUAUUUAUAUUCAACAGCACAGUUAUUAGAUCGAAUGUGUAUGACUUUAGGUGGACGAGUUUCAGAACAAAUCUUCUUUAAUAUAGUGACUACAGGAGCCCAGGAUGAUUUGCAAAAGAUCACAAAGAUGGCGUACGCACAAAUUUCAAUUUAUGGUAUGAAUCCAAUUAUAGGACCUUUAUCAUUUCAAAACCCAGGUGAAUCUGAACCACAAUUUCAAAAACCAUAUUCAGAAGAGACAGCUAAAAUGAUUGAUGAUGAGGUUCGGAAAUUAGUGGCAAUAGCUUAUGAACGCACUAUGAAAUUGUUAACAGAAAAAAAGAAAGAUGUAGAGAAAGUUGCACAACUUCUAUUGUCUAAAGAAGUUUUAAAUAAAGAAGAUAUGAUUACAUUAUUAGGGAAAAGACCUUUCAUAGAAAAGAAUCAAUCUGAUGAUCAUACAAUACCACCAGGUGGAUCACCAAAUAAUUAA